GAGGCGGUGGCGGUGGCGGUGGCGGUGGCGGUGGCGGUGGCGGCGCGGGAGGAAGCAGGAUUGGCCGAGUAGACCGGGGAUUCGCUACUAUCGUGGAGGACGGCGGAGGUAACGGCGGAGGAGGGGGAGGAGCCAGAGUGGCGCGUCCGCAGCGAAGAGUAUUGCCGACCUCGCUGUGGUUUGAUCCCCUGAGAUAUCAUCGCAGACGGAAGAUGGGCUACAUGAAAAGAAAGGAGCCCGAUGUUGAAAAGCAAAAGGAACCAAUUCUGGAACAUGUCAAGUCUGCUUUGCUCAAGCGUUAUCGCCUCAAUUUUACAAAACAAGAUGUUUCCCUAUGGUUCCUUUGCAAACAGGAAGCAUCUUUACUGAAAAUUACCAAUCAUGCUUGUCAGCGCUUCAAUGAAGCUGAGGACUACGGGAAAAGAAAGGAGCCUGAUGUUGAUAAGAAAAAGGAACCUAUUCUUGAACAUGUCAUGCCUGCUUUAGUCAACCGGUAUCACCUCAAUUGUACAAAACAAGAUGUUUCUUCCCUCUGGUUCCUUUGCAAACAGGAAGCAUCUUUACUGAACAUCACCAAUCAUGCUCAUCAACUCUCCAAUGAAGUCAAGGUUUAUUUGCUAGAAGGGACAGAUGAUUUGGAGGGUUUUGUGGUUAAAGGUUAUGGUGAGUCUAUAAGCUACAAAAUGAGGUUGCCAUUGCUGAAGGAUGGUGUCCAGUUAAUGAAAGAUGCAAUCAUAGCUAAAGAAGAGAAUUACCCUGAUGGUACAUAUGAGAAGGCAAGGCUCCCAUUUGCAAAUGCAGAAACUCUUGUUCAUUUCACAUGUCUUCUUGGUCUUUUCCUUGAAGGAUCAGAUUUUGAGAAGAUACAGCAGGAGGAACCAUUGGAUCUACCUCUGAUGCCACCACAGAAGAGAAACUGGAAGGGCGGUCUGGUAGCACCUUUUGCUAGUAACAAUAUGUUGGUUUUACAGCAAUGCCCUGGCAAAACUGGUGACAAUUGGAUAUCCCAGGGUCAAAACAGCUCGUACUUUGUGCAAGUUCUACAUAAUGAAGCUCCAGUUUCAAUGCCAGAAGCACCCUUACUGAAUCUUACCAAUAAAUCUUGUCAUUUUUCAAGGAAGCUGAGGUACUGAAGAGCUAACACUAAAGAAAAAGAUACCACAAAGGGUAGAAAUUUGCAAGGAGCGUCAAGAUGUGAGCAAAAGAAGACAGCAUUCUUCUUUGAGCUCAAGUCCCAUCUAAAGACCCCUGAUGUAAAUACUGGCUGCAUGCUUAAAUAGCAACAAUGUUCAUACCGUUUGCUAACUUGAGGGUGUUGUGAAUGAUACAUAGUUCC